ACACACCCACACCCACACCCACACAGUACAGCUCACAGUCUCCUGAGCGGUGACUCAGGCCUGCAUGUUGGGUGUUGUUGGAGGUUUCCUGACCUCUUGGUGUGGACAGAAGCAGGAGGAUGGACAAAGUGGACGGUUGAACAAAGUGUAAGAGAGAUCCUGAGCAGUCAUGAUUAUCAGACAUGUUUCCAGGAGACCAUUUACCUGUGGACGGAACGGAGGAACAGAGCAACCCGACUAAAGGUAGUGCGUGUUUAAAAUCAGCACAGGAAAUCCUUUCAGCACGUGACCCUGUUAGCAGAGGAAAUACCAUCCCCACUGACCUCAUCAGCACCCAGCCUGUGCCUGUUGCAGAGCCACCUGCAGAGGCCUCACAGGAGGCAGCAGGGUUUAAGAAGCAUCAAAGUGACCUCCAGAAGCCCAUCUGCCCGCAAUGUGGCCUCACAGUCCCAGACCAGAGACUCCCCCCUCUCCCGGCGGGCCUGAGCCAACUGCAGGGCCCCAGCUUGUCGGUGCACAGCAGCAGCAGCAGGAGGAGCAGGAGCAGGAGCAGGACUAGGAGCAGGGUUAGUGUGGCUCGCUCACACCAACAUACUUCUACACCUGCUGAUUCCUGCUUACAGCUGCUGCUGGCGUGCCUGUCGUGCCAGGGCUCGGUGCUGCUCCUGGGUCUGUUGGAGGCCUGUUCCUCCUGCCUCCACACCCUCUGCUCCUCCUGCUGCCACGCCUGCGCCCGCUGCUGUUCGGCCAUCCAGGAGGCACCCGUGGAGGAGCUCAACUGCCACGCCCACUGCCACUCGGUGCUUUUCGAGUCCUGCUGUGAGCCAACCGAGUGUCUCGAGUUUUGUCUGGAGUGCUGCGAGAUCUGCCAUCGCAGCUAGGAGGCAGCUGGACCACCAGGCCUGAGGACUAACAUAUAAGACAGGUGGCAAGACUGAAACAACAGACAUUAAAACCAAUGUGGCACUACUAUGACAUUUCUUGUGACUACACAUCAUCUUAUUGAACUUGUUGUGACCCUCAAUAACUUAACAAUAACAAUACUUUGUGACCCCCAAUGUAUCCACUAAUUAUUCUUACACAAAAUGCUGCUAAAAUAAUUCAUUUUUAUUGACUUCAACCCACACAAUCACUUUCCAAAGAGGGAAGAUUUGACUUCAUUGCUUCACACUUUUCUUCAGUAAAGGGGAUUUUAUGUAUCUUUAUGAGCUAAAGCACUUUUAAAUAAAUGAUUCAAAAUUUUGGGAAAUUCACAUAUUUGUUUUCUAUCCAAGAAUUGGAUGAGAAGAUUGAUACCUCUCUCAUGACUGUGCUCUGAAUACGGAGCAGGAGCCAGGAGGCGAUUAGCUAAGCUUAGCAUAAAGCCUGGAAGAUGGGGGAAGCCUGGCUCAAUCCAAAGUAAAAAAUAAAUAAAUAAUAAUAAUAAUCCAACUACCAACACCUCUAAAGCCCACAAAUUAACAUAUUGUAUCAUGUAUCUUGUUUGUUUAGUCCAUACACCAAUAGAAAUAUCAAAAACAAAAUUGCAUUUUAACAGGGAGUUAAGUGCUGUAUAGUAAAUACGUAUUUGUUGACAAACAACAAUAUAUCCAUCCGCCCAGUGCUGCAGUGCAGUGUCUCUGCUCAUUGCCUGGCAACCUCACCGGGAGUAAUGUGCUGUUACUCCACGUAAAACCACAAAUUGUCCUUUUUACACUUCUGCUUGUGUGCACAUUAAACAAACUAGAGACAGUUUGUUAAUUAGUGAGCUUUAGAGUUGCUGGUAGGCAAAUAUUUUAACCUCCGACAGGGCCAGGCUAGCCCUUUCCCCACACUUCCAGUCUUUAUGCUAAGCUAAGCUAAUUGCCACCAUACUUUGGGAAAUACACUUAUGUGGUUUUUUGCAGAGAGAAGUUCAAUACCGCUUUUGUAUCUGUCCGUUGAAUUUGAAGCUACAGCCAAGAGACAAUUAGCUCACCUUAGCAUAAAGGCUGGAAAACAGCUACUGGAGCCUGCCUGUGUCCAAAAGUAGAAAAUGUGCCUACACCUCGUACAAGAACCAAAGUGUAAAAACAAGUUGUGGUUUCAUGGGGGGUUAUCUGCUGGACUUUUUCUUGGCAUGGAGCAUUGACUUCCUGGAGUCUUAUCGUUACUAUGAGGUUACCAGGCGAGCUGUCUCCUCCUGUCUCCAGCCCUCAUGCUAAGCUAAGCUAACCGCCUCCUGGCUCCAGCUCCGUAGGUUCAUAUAUGAAAGUGGUGUCAAUCUCCAUCUAACACUCUGCAAGAAAGUAAAAGAGUGUAUAUCCCAAACUAUUCUCAGCUCAUUGCAACCAUGCUGACAAGAGGAAGGAAUAGAUGCAUUAUUUAUCUCCUGGUUGAUUUUUUAGAAAAUAGAUUCAGGGACCUUUUGAAAUAUUAAAAUAAAUUUGCCAAGGUCAUUUGUGCUGCUUCUUAAAUCCCUCCAGAUUGCCAGGGUGAAUAAAACUGAAGCCAGCG